CUCUGAAUUGAGUAUCGUGGACAAGCACAGUACGAGCCACAGACCACGAACCGAGUGUCGCUCGGGAGAAUGACAUUUAAAAUUCGUGACUGAGGAUACGACAACGAAGACGAAGACGACGACGAGGACGAAGACGAGGAAGAGGAGAAAGGAGAGCGAACGGGGUUGACGAGCACGUUGACAGUCCUGACAGGUGAUCCCGUCACAUGGACCAUUGAGUCGAGCGAAGGCAAACCGUCCGAGAAGCAGCGAUCAUGGAUCUCAACAAUGAUCUGGACCAACACUUGCUGCAUCAGUUCAGCUGCCUGGGCACCACGGACAAGGAUGACCUGGUGAAGCAGCUGCAGAAGCUGCUGGCGGACAGCCACCUGAACGAGACUACCGCCGCUUUCUUCCUCGAUAUGAACAAUUGGAAUCUGCAAGCGGCAAUUUGCAGCUAUAUAGAUCUCGGAAAUCCCAACACCCCAUGUAUGACGCUAAUAUGCGACAGUACGAUCGGCGAGGGGGAGGCUGUGCCGCCUAACACGAACUUUCAGAAGUCGUGGCGCGUGCAAAACAGCGGCACCGAGGCGUGGCCCAGUGGGAUCCAUCUGCAGCAUUCCAGCGGAGUACAAAUGGGCUGCGUGCGAAUACCCGUUCCACCACUGGCGCCCAAGGAGACUACAGAAUUGAGCGUAACGUUGAAGAGUCCGGCCGAAACCGGCGUGCAUCAGAGUAAAUGGCGAAUGAUGACAUCCAAUGGUGUCUACUUUGGUGAUGUUAUCUGGAUGAUCAUAACGGUGAGUGAAUGCGGGACAUUGGCGGUUACUCAACAAUUGCAUCAGUUAAGUACGCAGUCCAAUGAUGUACAAAUGUCCUAGCCUUUGACGUACAAGAGUCUCUUCUAAGGAAAGAUUUACAGAAUAUUGUACAAGACGUCUCUCUUUCGCGCGCGGAUUAUAAGAAAUUGACAGUUGUUUCUAAAUUUUGUAUAGAUCGCUUUUUUCACAAUGGAGUUCUUUACCGCUCCUGCACCUCGUGAAAAAAAAUUGCUGUGUAGCAGAGAGAUAUAAUUACAUUAAUAAAGGAUGCAAUAGACUUGGC